GACCCCGGGACCAGCGGUUGAAGCAACAGCUUGUCCAUUGUCUCGCGUAGGUCGCUUCCGGUACAAUCCGUCCGACAUCCGAGGCUCUUUGUUGUGUUUUUUUGCUGACAGGUUACUGUGACAACAGGGUGCAAACCUGAUGCACAGGCCUCCUUACCCAGGAGACACGGGUUUUGGGGUGGUCCGCGGUUUAGUACUCACUAAGGACUUCUCGUAGACGGAAAGAUGCCGAUACGUGCCUAUAGCUAUUUCCAAACAAACUAUAGCCAGUUCUAAAACCAACUACAGCCAUUCCCUAUCCGCCACCUGGGACGCGCCCGAUGGGCACCCCAACCACACGGGAAAGUUACCCUUUUUCAUGUUAAUUUUACACUUCAAAAGGAGUAAAAUUAACAUGAAAAAAUGAUAGGGUAAUUGGCCUAAAGCGAGACAGUUUGGAAAGUUGGACAAAGCAGUGUGGAAUGUGAGACACCUCCUUAAAAACUUGAUAAUAAAUCAAUUAAAUAUUUCAAAUUUCGAUAAAAAGAUUAUUAAACCUAAUUUUAUGAUUACUCGAGAAGUUAAAAAUGCAAAAAUCGUUAUAAAACAAUCAAAGGGUGACUUGCAAGAAGAAUUUAAAAAAUGUAUUGCAUACGUGAUAUUCAUAAUCUUGACACGGUAGUUGUCAUUUUCUCUGUUUCUUAGGGAAGUUGCUAGGAAAAUAUCAAAAUGUUUUGUUUGAUUUUUCGGCAUAAUUUGUGAAAUAUUAUUAAGUCCGCAGUGAAAAUCGAAGGACACACAUCCAUUUAAAAGGUGAAUAAAAAAUAUUUGUGAAAUAUUACAUUUAAAAAGGAUAGAAAAGUGAUUUAAUUUCGCGUUGCUUUCAAAACAAGUUUUAUGAAAUCUUGGACAAGUUGAUUUUGUGAAUGAAUUUGGUGGUUUUGUGCUGUUGGGGUUUUAGUGUAAAAUAAGAAGAAGUGACCGUUAAUAAGAGAAGCAGAUUCAAAAUAUCGAUCAAAAGAGAGAUGGAGGAUGAUAUCGAUAUUAGUGGGAUUUUCUCCUUCUAUCAUCUCUUCACUCUUGGACUUUCUCCCAUGUUACUGUUAGUUCUUUCUUCAUGUUCUCUGUGCAAAUUUGGUGAUUGGUGUGAAAAAUUAAAAUUUGAGGAAAAAUUUAUAAUUAAUUAAGUGGAAAUAAAAUUUGUAAAUUGUUAAAAAGUUGUUUUGUGGAGUGGAAACAUCAGCUGAUCGGGGGACAGUGAAAAUCCAGGAGGAAAAGCUUGAGUUUCGAGUGAUUUCGAGAAAAAGGGGCCAAGAUCCACCACGAGGUGACCCACCACAAAGGGAAGAGAUUGCUUCUUGGCGGAAAAAGGAAAAUUUUUUAAUCCUUCUCGCCAAAUACAUUCCUUAACCAAUCUCUCUUCCCUCCUAAAGGUAACUGCACCAGGGAAAUAUAUUCUUAUUGGGAGUUUGCUGAUUCUAAUAGAGCUUUCACAUAUUUUUCCCAAAGGUAUUGUACGCCUUCCCGGCCCUAUAGAUAGUGAGAAUCUCUGUGCUAAUGCUCUGCCACUGUUUUAUUUGAAGGUUUGCAACAUAUUUUUGGCCGCAUCGAGCCUCCUGAGGAGGUAGAGGCUACCUGUGGGCUACCCUAACCAUUUACCUGCGCCAAGCAGAGGAUUCUCCAACUUUCUACGGGCAUAAAGCAUCUAGAAUGGCUACCAAGCAGUUAAGGGGUGGAAUUGUCGCAUCCGUGAAGAGGACUGAUGCCUACAUAAGUGCUCUGGGUGAAGCUGAUAUCCCAUUCAUGAGAAGGGACACUAUCAUUUCCCAAAGGGAUCUUGUGUUAUCCUUGAAAGCGCAGUUUAUCAGUAUUCAGGACCAGAUCAUCAGCUCGGCAACUGAUCAGAGAGUCAAGGAAUCCGAAGAGAUCACGAAGGACACCUUCGUGGCCGAUGUUGAUGAGUUGCUGAAUCGUAUUGGAGCAAUAUUGGCUCAUUUCCCUCCGGAAGCUCCUCAGCUACCCAAUACAGGGGAUUUCUGCACAAUCAUGAGGGAACUCAUGCACCAGAAUCGUGAGCAAAUGAAAGAGCUUUUCAAGUCUUUUUCCCCCACCCCAAAUGCUAAUAAAGUUUUCCCUGUGAAAUCAAGUAAUAAGCUCCCUGAGAUAAAAUUGCCUACAUUUAAUGGGGAUUUCGCAGAAUGGAUUUCGUUUAGGGACAAAUUUCGGUCUUCUAUCUCAAACCAUCCCAAUCUCUCCAACGCACAAAAGCUCGACUAUCUCAAUUCAGCCUUGUCUGGGGACGCAGCUUCUACAAUUAAAAACCUACCUGUCACAGAUGAUAAUUUUGAGGUAGCCUGGGAGAUGCUUGUCGAUCGGUUCGAGAAAAAGAAUAAGAUUCUUGCCGCACACAUACGCAAUUUCUUUAACAUGCCCUCUGUCUCUCCCAAUGACCUUAAAGCCAUAAAUAAAAUUUAUAAUAUUCUCUCUGAGUCCACCUUAGCUUUGGAUGCCAUCAAAGUGACAAGUCGUGAUCCUUGGCUUAUCCAAUUUAUAUUGGACAAACUUGACUCAGAGUCUAGGGUCCUAUGGGGCAGAGAAUGUGGCGAUGAAGUCCCUACCUUGGACAAAUUUCGUAAAUUUCUGAACCAACGCUGCGAAGAUGCCUCUAAUGCCUCCACUCCACAAUUUAAAUCCACGUCAAAUAAUCGUCCUCAAUAUUCCAAGACCUCUCAGUCUUCCUCUAAGAAACAAGUGAAUGCCUUUCACAACUCAACCACAGCACAGGAGUGCAAGUGCUGUAACGAGGGUUCCCAUCCAAUCUAUAGAUGCUCUCGUUUCCUAGCCCAAUCACCAUCUGAGAGGUAUGAAUAUGUAAAAAGGUUCAAUUUGUGUCGUAACUGUCUGGCCUCUCACCACACCACUUCUUGCACCUUCCAUAACUGUAAGAAGUGCCAGGCGCGACACAAUGUUCUGCUCCAUGAGAGGUUUGUUGGCGAGGCACCUGCCAAUCCUACGGCUCCUUCUCCUCGGCCAUCGAAUACUUCUCCUGCCAAUAAUUCUCGGCCUGUUUCUGAUACACCAGCCAAUCCUACACCUGGACCUUCUUCGGUCAGUCUCUCUGCUACAACUCUACCUGCUGAUCGCAUUCCUUCUGCCUGUCCAAAGGUCUUUCUUGCGACAGCACAGGUGGACAUCCUUACCGUUGAUCACCAGAGGAUUCCUUGUCGGGUCAUGUUAGACAGUGGAGCUCAAGUCUGUAUCAUGACCACAAGGCUUUAUCAGAAACUGAGACUUCCUAAAUCCCGUUCGGACAUCUCCAUCCUGGGCGUUGGUAGUCAGGCGAAUCCUGUGAAGCAUAAAGUCACUGCCACUAUCUUCUCUCAGAAGAAUGGCCAAUCUUUCACUUUUGACUGCUACGUCCUCCCGAAGAUUUCGGGCAAUAUUCCGAACUGGGCCAUUGACUCUAGUGUCAUCCAAUUACUUCCUGACGUCGAUCUUGCUGACCCACAAUGGAAUGUCCAACGCCCAGUCGACUUGUUGAUAUGCGGUGAUGCCUAUUGGGGAAGCCUAUUGUCAGAGAGGAUCAACCUUGGAGUGGGAUUGCCCCAUCUCCAGCAAACCAUCUUUGGAUAUGUGGUGGUUGGUGAGCACCGUCCUCCUCCUUCUGUUCACCAUGUCCUCCAUGUUGAAGCUGUUCCCGCCUUAGAUGAAGCACUCCGCAGAUUCUGGGAAAUAGAGGAUCUGCCUGGUGAUCCAUCCGUUACUGAACAGCAAUUAGAAGCUGAAGCUCAUUUUACGAGCACCUACAAGAGGAAUUCCGAAGGAAGAUUUGUGGUCAAACUUCCCUUCCGAGAAGGACCUGAACUUCUUGGACAUUCACGUCCUCAAGCAGUUUCUCAACUUCUUGCUCUCGAGCGGCAGUUUGAGAAGAAACCACAACUCAAGGCUCUCUAUUCGGACGUCAUGAAAGAUUAUAUGGAGAGAGGUUGGCUUGAGUUGGUCCCACCUGAAGAAUUCAAGUCUCCGGCAUACUACAUGCCUCAUCACGGAGUCUUGAAGGAAUCCAGCACUACCACAAAACUUAGAGUGGUGUAUAACGCAAGUGCGAAAACUUCUUCGGGACAUAGCCUGAAUGAUCUCCUGCUGAUUGGGCCUUCCGUACAACCGGACAUAGCGAUCAUUCUCCUCCAGUUUCGCCUCGCUCCUUUUGCGAUGACGGCGGACAUCUCGAAGAUGUACUUACAAGUGUUGUUGGAUCCCUCCGAUUCUAAUUUCCAAAGGUUGGUCUACAGAGAUUCCCCUCAGGAGCCUAUCCGAGACUAUCGGAUCCCUCGGGUCUGUUUUGGUGUCGCAUCGUCACCAUUCCUAGCCACCCGAGCUCUCAUCCAAUUGGCUCAAGAUUACGAAAAGGAAUUUCCACUUGCCUCUUCUGCUCUGCGAUCGAAUUUCUACGUAGAUGACUGUGUUGUCUCCGCUUCAACACUCGCAGAUGCACAAGAAAUCCAAAGACAACUGAAGGAAGUUCUUCGUCGUGGUGGCUUCUUGCUUACCAAGUGGUCCAGCAAUCACCCCAGUCUUUGUCCAUUACCGGAUCAGAAUCCUGCAUCCGGGGAGGUUACUGUUGAGAGUCCAAUCACAAGUGCUCUUGGUCUGUCUUGGGACUCCUCAACCGAUGAGUUCAAAACCCAUGCUCCUGUAGAUGUGUCAAAAGAAGUCAGGACGAAAAGACACAUCUCAUCUUGCAUUGCUAGAUUUUACGACCCAUUAGGUCUUUGGGGGCCAGUGAUCAUUGAGGGUAAAAUCAUGCUCCAGGAUCUGCAUGAGCUCAAGAAAGGUUGGGACGUGUUGGUGCCUCCAGAGUACCGUAAAAGAUGGAAGGACUUUGUUCUUCGUCUCCAAACUAUCAAAGAUGUCAGCAUUCCGCGCUGGAUUUCUUGCUUCCAAUCUCCAGAUCGUGUUGAGCUUCACACUUUCUGCGAUGCCAGUACACGGGUCUAUGGAGUUGCAGUGUACAUUGUGACUGGCUCCGGAGAUGAAUCCUGUGCGAGAUUGUUGCUUGCCAAGUCCCGAGUAGCUCCAUUGAGCCAACUCACUAUACCGAAGUUAGAGUUGUGUGGUGCUACCUUAGCAGCUGAAACCAUUGCCAAGUUCACUGAUGCUGUUGGACCAGAUGCAAUCCAUUUCUGGACUGACUCCACGAUUGUCCUGCACUGGAUCCACAGCCCUCCACAAUCCUACAAGGUAUUUGUAGCCCAUCGUGUUCAGCGUAUCCGGAAACAUUCUUCACCUGAUCAGUGGCGCCACGUAGUGUCUGAAGAAAAUCCUGCAGACAUAAUUUCUCGUGGUGUCUCUCCUUCACAGCUCAUGGACAAUAGUUUAUGGUUUGAGGGUCCUGAAUGGAUUAGAUGUCCAGAGAGAUCAUGGCCACCACCCUUCAAUCCCACUGCCUGUCCUGAGGCCAAUUGUUUUCUGAUCAAGGCGAAGGAGUUUGUCUUUGGAGAUCUACUUCGAAUGUUCUCAUCUAUUCUCAAAGUCCAACGGAUCGUUGCAUACUGCCUGAGAUUUACCUAUAAAGGUCCUCGUCCGCUUCCCAAGACCAAUUUAGCCAUUACAGCUGACGAGAUGGAGAGAGCACUCCUUUUCCUCAUUAAGAUGGACCAACAAAGCUCUCUUCCGGAGGUUUGUGCUCAGCUGGAAAGGAGUGAGGCGCUCUCACGUGAGUGGAAGUCGCUUCAGAGUCUUGCUCUAUUCUUGGAUAGAGAUGGCAUUAUCAGAGUUGGUGGAAGACUCAAGAAUGCGGAUGAGCCCUUCUCGACCAGACACCCAGUAUUGCUCCCAAGAUCCCUACUCACUUAUAGAAUCGUGCGUCAUGAGCAUUCCAAACAGUUGCACGCUCCUCCUACACUCUUAUUGGCUUCCGUUCGCCAGAAGUUCUGGCCAAUAGCUGGUCGAAAUCUUGCCAAGAGAGUUGUGCACGAUUGCCUGAAGUGCUACCUGAAGAAGCCCAAACCUUUGGACCAAUUAAUGGGUGAUCUACCCGACCAUAGGGUAAAUUUGUAUCGGCCCUUCCAAGCAACUGGUGUAGACUUCGCCGGCCCGCUCAACAUGAUCUCUUCCGCGACCCGGGGAGCACGGUCCCGGAAAUCUGGAACCCAGAAAGUCUACAUUGCCAUCUUCGUUUGCAUGGCAACGAAGGCAGCACACCUCGAGUUAGUGUCUUCGCUUUCAACGGAAGCAUUUCUAGCCGCCUUCAGACGGUUCGCAGCCAGAAGAAGUACUCCUCGACAUAUCUAUUCUGACUGCGGGAAAAAUUUCGAGGGUGCUGCAAACGAGCUUAUCCGACUCUUCAAUCAGGAAGCGGCACAACAGGAGAUUGUGAACCGCACUCAGGAUGAUGGUAUCACGUGGCAUUUCAAUCCUCCUGCCUCUCCCCACCAUGGAGGUUUGUGGGAGGCCUGCGUGAAGAGCACCAAGUACCACUUGGUUCGUGCCACGACAUCUUCUGCUCUCUCCUAUGAAGAGUUCCACACUAUUCUAUGUCAAAUAGAAUCCGUCCUAAACAGCCGACCUCUGUGUCUGCUGUCCGAUGAUCCCAACGAGAGGGACUAUCUCACACCUGGCCAUUUCUUGGUGGGAGCCCCUGGAAACGCUCCACCGGACCCGGACCUGUCACACAUUCCAGAAAAUCGUCUCUCAUACUGGCAACAUUGUCAAAGACGGGUGCAGGAGUUUGGGAGAAAAUGGAGACUUCACUACCUCAACACCCUCCAACAAAGACCGCGAUGGAAGAUCGCUCGAGAGAAUUUAAAGGUAGAUGAAGUGAUCUUACUCCUGGAUGAGACGAGAGAGGGUUCGAAGUGGGUGCUCGGACAAGUGAAAACCAUCCAUCCUGGCACUGACGGCAGGGUGAGAGUGGUCUCAGUGAGGACUUCAAGAGGAGUGUACAAACGUCCAAUAACGAAAAUCGCCAGACUUCCCCAAUCUACAGAAGACUCUUCUGGACUGCACCAGGAGGCGCACGUCCAGACCGGGGAGGAUGUUGGGGUUUUAGUGUAAAAUAAGAAGAAGUGACCGUUAAUAAGAGAAGCAGAUUCAAAAUAUCGAUCAAAAGAGAGAUGGAGGAUGAUAUCGAUAUUAGUGGGAUUUUCUCCUUCUAUCAUCUCUUCACUCUUGGACUUUCUCCCAUGUUACUGUUAGUUCUUUCUUCAUGUUCUCUGUGCAAAUUUGGUGAUUGGUGUGAAAAAUUAAAAUUUGAGGAAAAAUUUAUAAUUAAUUAAGUGGAAAUAAAAUUUGUAAAUUGUUAAAAA